GCGAAAUACAAAGCUACGGAAUCGGAUCGAAUAUAUUUCGGCUCCCUCUUUAGCAUUCAGGGACCACCUACAGUUUAUGAGAAUUAGUUUACAUGUACCAUCUUCCCUGACAUCUGUCGUCAUCUUUAAUGGAGUACGGGAAGGAGAGAGUGGUAGCUUUGGUCGACAUGGACUGCUUCUACGUGCAGGUGGAGCAGAGGCUGAACCCGGCUCUGAAGGGCACUCCGUGUGUGGUGGCCCAGUACAAGACGUGGAAAGGUGGCGGUAUCAUAGCUGUGAGCUACGAGGCCAGGGCCCACGGUGUCACCAAGGGCAUGUGGGUGGACGAUGCCAAAAGUCUGUGUACAAAUCUCCAAGUGGCCCGAGUACGAGAGUCUCAUGGCAAAGCGGACCUGACACACUACAGGGAAGCGAGUGUGGAGGUGAUUGAGGUGAUGUCUCGCUUUGCUGUGAUCGAGAGAGCCAGUAUAGAUGAGGCCUACAUGGAUCUGACUGCUGCGGUCCAGCAGCGGCUGAAAGACAUGACGGACAAACAUAUUGAGGCUUUGCUCCUGAAGACCACUUAUGUCCAGGGCUACCCGCAGACUUUACCUGAACUGGAACCAGCUGAGGAUGCUGCUGCAGAUAAAGAGGAGCAGCGGUCCAGAGGUGUCAGGCAGUGGGUGGAAUCCUUGCGUGUCCCUUCAGUCGGGGAGCAGAGCUCUGCAGAGCUGCAGUUAACUGUGGGAGCUCUGAUUGUCGAGGAAAUGAGAGCCGCUGUGGAGAAACACACAGGUUUUCGCUGUUCAGCUGGCAUUUCGCACAAUAAGGUCUUGGCAAAACUAGCCUGUGGUCUGAAUAAACCCAACAGACAAACCAUUCUGCCUUUGGACUCUGUGGCUCAACUCUUCAGUACUUUGCCCAUUGGCAAGAUUCGUAACCUCGGAGGUAAGCUGGGGGUCUCCAUUAAAGAAACCCUGGGAGUUGAGAACAUGGGAGAUCUCACUCGCUUCUCUCAGGCCGAGCUGGGACAGCACUUUGGAGAUAAAACCGGUCCGUGGCUGUACGACUUGUGUCGGGGAAUCGAGUUUGAAGCCAUCAAACCAAGACAGCUUCCCAAGUCCAUCGGCUGCAGUAAAAACUUCCCAGGAAGGACAUCGCUGGCCACUAAAGAGCAGAUACAACACUGGCUUCAUCGGCUGGCUCUGGAAUUGGAGGAAAGGCUGACCAAGGACAGGGAAGCGAACGGUCGGGUGGCCAAGCUGCUGACGGUCGGCGUCCGGCAGCUCGGAGACAAGAGGACGAGCAGCUUCUCGCGAUGCUGCGCUUUAGUGCGCUACGAGGCGACGAAAAUCUCCAGCGACAGCUUCGCCAUCAUCAAGAGUCUCAACACGGCAGGAAACCAGCAAUCUACAUGGUCUCCGCCGCUCACGCUGCUGCACAUGUCAGCGAGCAAAUUCAGCGACGCUCCGUCAGCCGGGGGCAUCGCUGGAUUCCUGAGCAGCGACUUCCCCUCCACCCAGAGUCUUCCCUCCAGCACUCAGUCGCAACUUAGUUCACGUUCUGAAACGAGAAAUGAGUCUCCCUGCACACAACAACCUGGCACCAUUCAGUCUUUCUUUCAGAAGGCAGCUGUGAAACAAAAGGAGAGGGUGAGGAAGGAUGAAGAGGAGAGCUCGGCGGGUUCCCCCCCGCCCUCCAUCCUUUACCACAAGGCAGAGAGUCAGCCUGAGACCAGUACGAGCUGCCCUGCUUCUUCAGCGAGCCUCUCUGCUGGCAUUUCCUCUUUCUUUCAGAAGAAAAGCCUUGAGAGAAGCUCUAUGGUGGAGACGUCUGGUGAAGAAGACUUCAGAGACACUGGAUUGAGGCCCGCUGACAAAUCGCCAUGUGACGACAGGAGAGACGAUCUGGAAACGGAUCUCCAAACGAACCACCGUCCUUCCAGCGUGUCCAAAGAAGACGUGUUGACCUGCGAGCGCUGUGGUCAGGACGUGCUCGUCUGGGAAAUGCCCGAACACACCGACUACCACUUUGCCCUUGACCUCCACAAUACACUGUCCUCCUCCACGGUGUCUUCAUCUUCCUCCACGCUCCCCUCUUCUUCUCUCAGACCGGGAGGCUCCACCCCUUCCUCUCGGGGAAAGACAAAAACCAAAAGUCCGUCAGGACCCGCUGCGAAAAAACAGCGAUCCCAAGGUGGAAGCGCAGGCACCUUGGAUUCUUUUUUCAAGAGAAACUGAGGCUGUGUGGGUAACACACACUCAUGUCUCAUGACAAGAAAAGCCGCAGUUUGACUUUGCUGCCUUGAAGCAUGAACAUAUUGUCAUUUUUAAAUGAGGUGCUGAUUUCUCAUUAUGGACCAAAAAAUCCUGCUAAGACUCCUUUCUUUACCCAGAGAAUCAAAAGCCAUGUUCGAACAGGAGGAGUCUAAUGAAGAUCAUUACGCUGAUGCAGUUUCAUAAUGUGUGAAAAGUAAAUUAAGCUUUUGCCUUUUUUCUUCAUUAAAUGGAAAUUUAAAGAUUUUAGUAUUUUAAUAAUCUUUUCUUUUAAUUAAAAUUAAGUCUUUGUGAU